AUGUCAGAGAUUCCUAUUCAUAUUCGACACUGGAUUUUGUAUGAGUUCCAAUUAGGGAACAAUGCAAGUGCUGCUGCCCGCAAUAUAUGUGCUGCACUUGGUGAAGGUGCUGUUGCUGAUCGAACGUGUCGUGAUUGGUUUAAAAGAUUUCGUGAAGGUGACAUGUCAUUAGAAGAUCGUCCGAGAUCUGGACGUCCUAUCGAAUCUGAUAUUGAACGAUUAAAGGUCCUGAUCGAAGACAAUCCACGAUUAACCACUCUUUAUGGUCAAUUAGAUACGAAGAAUGUUCGAUCAAUAUCUAGUGGACUUUCAUUUGGAAUGUGUCAUGGUUAUUGUCAACGAUCAAUCAAUAUAACAUCAAAUCCAAUAAAAUUAAUUGCAUCAAAAGAACCAAACUUUGAUCAAAAACUUUUUCCUCCAGUUAAACAAGAAUUUCCAUUUUCAACAAAUCAAUAUGAAGAACUUAUUUCUCUCGUUGACUUGAAUACAUUUACAACAUUGCUUGAUACAUAUGGAUGUCCUGGCUGUGCUGACGGUGGAAUCGAAUGGAUUCAAGUUGAUUGGACAGAUGGUACUAAACGCGUAACAUUCGAAAGCAGACGUUUAGUCAAAGGAAUUGAAGGACUUGUUGUGAAACUUCGAGAAAUGAGAGAAGAAUAUGUUGCUCAACUUUAA